AUGGACGUACAAUGGGAAGUACAAGUACAGGCGAGUCCUGGAGUAGCUGGCGGUGCUGCACUAUUGACUUGCAUUACACCGCGACCCGUCAGAAACUACGUCAGCGUCACUCGAUGGUACAAGGACGGUUCUGUUCUUGCACCCAUGGCUUCUGAUUCAGGUCACCACAUCAUCGGUGGCAGUCGUGGUGACAUGUUGCUGAUACGUAAUGCAAGACCUGAAGAUAGUAGUUCUUACUCUUGUGAGGCGCAGCAUCAGCUCACGGGAGAGAAGAGGCGAAGUGCACCAGCUAUGAUUGCUGUUUCACAUGGAUCUGGUAGUAUGGCUCCUCGAAUACUGACAAUAUCAGAAGACGAGACGGUGCCGCAGGGUGGCGAUAUCAGAUUAGUGUGUUGCGCUAUUGGCAGUCCAACACCCACCUAUAGUUGGUUUCGUCACAACAACGGCAGAUUGAGUCCAGUCUCCAACAACAUAAGAAUAUCUGUGUCAGAACAAGUUCUUAUCAUCAGACGCGCACAGGUGUCUGAUGGUGGAGUAUGGUCUUGUCGUGCGCAUAAUCAAUAUGGGGAACAGCGCCGAGAUACGACUCUACGUAUACGAGCACGUCUUGUGGUUACUGUACAUCCACAGUUGCAGAUAGCAAAUUCGGGCAGUUCGGUGACAUUCAACUGCUCGGUAGAAGGAGGGGACAGUCGAGUGCGAUGGCUACACGAUGGUGUUCCAGUGGGGGGAGGAGAAAGGGUUUUACGUGUACAUGGCGUCGUACGUGCCCAUCGUGGAAUGUAUCAAUGCUUUGCGGAGAGAGAAAUGGAUAGUGCACAGGCCGCGGCUGAAUUACGGCUUGGAGAUACGGCCCCAGAACUGCACUACACGUUCAUAGAACAGGCAUUACACCCUGGACCUGCAGUAGCCUUGCAUUGUUCCGCUUCUGGAUCGCCAUCACCUCGCUUUUCCUGGCUGCUGGAUAUGCAGCCCAUUGAAGAACAUAAUACACCACAAAGGUAA